AGCUCCUGCUUCUUUAGAAUCUUCAAGCAGUAUAGAACAGGAAAAAUACCUUCAAGCCUUACUGAAUGUGAUAUCCGUCCACUGCAAAAUGAGUAGCAGUAAUACUCUCACUGUUAGACCAACAAUUGCUCUAUCACCAGGCACUGAAAGGAGGGCUUCAAGAAUGUCUACUGUGUUUAAGCAGGUAGUGCCAGGACAUUUGGAUGUAAAUCUAUCCAAUAGCUUUGCUCGAGGAGUGCUUGGGUACAGAGAUAAAUGUUUCACUCAUUCCAAUUCCAAAUCAGCAACUAAGGGAAGAGUCCAUCAAGGUGUGUGGGCCAGUCUUCGUUCAAGCAACAGAUUUAUCAACGCUCAGACGCCAUUCAUUGAUGUUGGUGCAAGACUUGCAGGGAAAGAUAAUGCCACUUCCUACAGUAGCACUUUUUUGCAAAGUCAGCUUUUGAGGCGUCAAGCAGCCCUGUAUAUAUUUGGAGAAAAAUCUCAGUUACGGGGCUUCAAACUUGAUUUUGCUUUGAAUUGUGAAUUUGUUCCUGUUGAAUUCAAUGAUAUCCGACAGACAAAGGCAAGCUUUAAAAAGCUGUUGAGAGCUUGUGUUCCCAGCACUAUUCCUACAGAUUCUGAGGCAACAUUCCUGAAAGCUCUUGGGGAGUCAGAAUGGUUCCCACAGCUUCACAGGAUAAUGCAGUUGGGUGUGAUCAUCUCAGAGCUCCUAGAAAAUGGUUCUUCUGUUUUGGUCUGUUUGGAAGAUGGCUGGGAUAUUACUGCACAAGUAGUAUCUCUGGUACAGUUACUCAGCGAUCCCUUCUAUAGAACGCUUGAAGGCUUCCGAAUGCUGGUGGAAAAAGAAUGGCUCUCUUUUGGUCAUAAAUUCAGUCAGCGAAGUAAUUUGACUCUAAAUUGUCAGGGUAGUGGAUUUGCACCUAUUUUCUUACAGUUCUUAGACUGUGUGCAUCAGAUUCAUAACCAGUAUCCAACAGAGUUUGAGUUCAAUCAGUACUAUCUGAAGUUCCUAGCUUUUCAUCACAUAUCAAAUCGAUUUAAAACAUUUCUUCUGGAUUCAGACUAUGAAAGACUAGAACAUGGGACACUUUUUGAAGAUAAAGGAGAUAAACACACCAAAAAAGGAAUUUGUAUUUGGGAUUGUAUUGAAAAGAUGCACAAGAGGAGCCCUAUUUUCUUCAAUUACCUCUAUGCUCCCACUGAAAUAGAGGCCCUGAAACCAAAUUUACCUUCCAGAUAUUUAGUCAGAGAUCAAGGUGAUUUACAUGAUUUAUGUGCAGAUAAAUACAAGUUAUCUGACACCAAGCUAUGUUACUUGCAAAUUCUCUGUUCUCUCCCAGAAUAA